AUGGUUGGCGCAGUGCUUGGUAUUGUUAGUGCUUUGGGCGUUGCUUCCGCUAUCUUUUUAGUUUUAAAGUGGCAGAGACAUCGGCUACGCUGGAUGGAGAGGCAUGCAGAUUCCCCGAAUUCUUUUCUUAGAGUGUUUAGUUACAAAGAGUUGAAGAUUGCAACGAAGAAUUUCAGACUUAAGUUGGGGAGCGGAGGAUUCGGUUCAGUGUUCAAAGGAUCUCUAACAGAUGGCACGCUUGUAGCAGUUAAGAGAUUGGAAGGUUCAAGACGAGAAGAGAAGGAAUUCCGAGCAGAAAUCAGUUCUCUUGGAAACAUACAACAUAAGAAUUUGGUCAGGCUUCGAGGAUUUUGUGCCGAAGGAUUAGAAAGGCUACUUGUUUACGAGUACAUGCCCAACGGCUCUCUAAAUUCUUUACUCUUUAGUGGCAACUCUGAAAGUAAACUGAAGGUACUUGACUGGAAGACGCGAUUUGAGAUCGUGCUAGGCACUGCAAAAGGGUUACUUUAUCUCCAUGAAGAAUGCAGAGAGUGCAUAAUUCACAACGAUGUUAAGCCUGAAAACAUUCUCCUGGACAGCGAAUUUUCCCCUAAGCUGGCUGAUUUUGGGCUUGCGAAGCUUCUGGAUAGAGAUUUCAGUCGCUUCCUUACCACUGUGAGAGGAACGCGAGGGUACAUUGCUCCGGAGUGGUUCUUCGGUCUUCCCAUAACUCCCAAGGUUGACGUCUACAGUUUUGGUAUGACGCUGCUAGAAAUCAUUUCAGGCCGAAGAAAUGAGGACCUAAGGUUGCAGGAAUCAAACAAGCUUUACUUUCCCUGGUGGGCUGCAGCUCAAAUUCAGCCGGGAAACACGAUUGAUAUCGUGGAGGAGGGUGUUGAACUUGUAGAGGAGGCAGACAUAGAAGAGGCGAGAAGAACUAUUGUUGUAGGGUUUUUAUGCAUUGAAGAGGAUGAGAAUGUGAGGCCAAGCAUGAGGCAAGUGGUACGGAUGCUGGAAGGGAAGAUGGAACCUCAAACUCCGCAGAUUUCCUGGGAUAGCGAUGGCAAUGUUUUUACUUGCAGUUUAGAAUGA